AUGCGAUUGAGAAGUGUAUCGCAGAGUGGACUCCAUUGGCAUUGCUGUCAAACACUGACCACAUGUAUAGUAUUGGUGACAAUACUGGUGGUGACCAUCUGUUGUCUGCCCACACGUGACCACAAACCCCAUCACUCGCGGCAACGAAAAUCACACCAAAACUCGCUGCAGAGGUCGGCGUUUCUGGCACUGCGGUCGUCGUUGGGGCCCACCAUCGGACGAGUGCCGCAAAUGCGGCGAAACUUUUGCCAAACGGUUCCGUAUAAGCAAAAAAUCCAAGAGCCGGGCUGUUUAUCCCGGACAGUGUUGAACGCCUACUGUUACGGGUCGUGCAACUCGUUCUUCAUCCCCGCCAACGGCAACGAGAGUCUGCCCUUCAGUUCUUGUGCUUUCUGUCUGCCGCGUCGCUACAGAUGGCAAACCGUACGACUCAAGUGUCCCGACUCUGUGCCCACCAUUAAGCGCAAGAAAGUGCAAAUCGUGUCAAAGUGUCGGUGCCAGACGGAAAUGAUCUAG